AUGGGAUGGCGAUCUUUUUGCAAACCGAAAAAUUUUCUACCGUAUUUUCUGAUACUUUUGGUGAAAUUCGUGACGGCUGAGGAGUCGAAAAAGAAGAAAUUUCAGAUCUUGGAGCUCAAAUAUGAAGAGAUUAAAGAGCCAAUGAUCAUUGUUUUAUGGAUCAUUUUUGCGGCAUCGAUGAAAAUUCUCUUCAAUCAUGUGAGAUUUUUGUCAAAGUACAUUCCGGACAGUGCCCUGCUCAUCGUGGUCGGUUUGGCGAUUGGUGGAAUUUUGAAGGCGGUGAAGACAUCGUUCACUUGGUAUUCUUUGGAGAGCACCACAUUUUUCCUAUUUAUUCUCCCGCCAAUCAUUUUUGACGCUGGAUAUUUUAUGCCGAAUCGGGCACUUUUUGAGAACGCUGGAUCUGUGCUGUUGUUCUCGGUGGUGGGAACACUUUUCAACACGUUUGCAAUUGGUCUCAGCCUCUACGGACUCUUGGAACUCGGGAUUUUUGGCUCUGGCUUUGAGUUCUCAUUGUUUGAGAUUCUCCUCUUCGCGGCUCUGAUUUCAGCGGUGGAUCCCGUUGCGGUGAUCGCCGUUUUUGAAGAGAUUCACGUGAAUGAAUUCCUUUUCAUCAACGUUUUCGGAGAAGCUCUUUUCAACGAUGGAGUCACUGUGGUGCUCUAUCAGAUGUUCAAAUCAUUUACAGAGAUCGGUGCAUCGAAUUUGGUUGUCGGUGACUAUUUUCAAGGUGCCGCAUCGUUUUUUGUCGUAGCGAUUGGUGGGAUUGUGAUCGGAUUGCUCUUCGCCAUGUUGACUGCUAUUUUUACAAAGUACACUCAGAACAUCAAAAUUUUGGCCCCAUUAUUCAUCUUUUUGUUGCCAUAUAGUGCCUAUUUAUUUGCUGAAAUGGUCUCACUGUCACCGAUUUUGGCAAUCUCAUUCUGCGGGAUGUUCAUGAAGCAAUAUGUUAAAGGAAACAUUUCAAUGUCUGCUCAAACAUCGGUGAAAUAUUUCACGAAAAUGUUGGCUCAAUCGAGUGAAACAGUUGUCUUCGUUUUCUUGGGUUUAUCCACAAUUUCUUCAAAGCACAAAUUUGAUUGGGCUUUCAUUGGAGCGACGCUUGCAUGUUGCUUGAUUUUUAGAACAAUCGGCGUGGUCAGCCAAUGCUUUGUUUUGAACAAGUUUCGCACCAAGAAGUUCACCAUGGUCGAUCAAUUCAUCCUCUCCUACGGGGGUCUCCGCGGUGCAAUCGCUUUCGGUCUUGCCUCUUCGAUGCCGGACACGAUCGCAGCUAAACCCUACUUUAUUACCACAACUAUUUGUGUCAUCUACUUUACAGUGUUCUUGCAGGGAAUCACGAUUAAACCUUUGGUUGAUUGUUUGAGUGUCGAGACAAGGGAUGGAAGAGCAAAAACGAUGGCUGAAGCAGUUUAUGGAGAUUACAUGGAUCAUUUGAUGUCUGGCUUGGAAGUGAUCGCUGGCGUACGGGGACACAACAGCUUCAGAGCAUGGUUCGACCGGAUCAACAACUUCUAUCUUAAACCUUUCUUGAUGAAAGACCAUCACCAAAAUCACUUUGAUGCAGGGAAAAUCAUGCGAGCAUUCACGAAAAUCACUUUGCAUGAAGCGUUGGAGGCGGAGGUAGGCGAUUUCCACUCACCAAGAAGCACACCAGCCACAACGAUCGUUCAAUCGACCAUGGAUUCAUCAGAUCCAAACUUUGCCUACAACAAUGAGGGUUAUGUGGCAGAGACAUCGAAACGGAAACUCUCCCGAAAACACAGUAUUGGAGAGAUCCUACGAGACAAGAAAAAUGUUGAUAUGCUGUGUGAGAUUUUCUCUGAGAUGUUAGACAAGAAGUUGGAAGCAUCGGGGUUGAAAGAGAAAUUGACCGUUGAACACGAUAUCGCUGAUGAUUACAUUCAGGGAGUGGAAAGGCAUGAGAUAAAGGGCCAACGCCGGGAAGAUCUCCACACCGAUGCACCGGUGCAAGUUGUCUCCGUUCCGGUGCAAGCAUCCUCACAAAAACCGCCGACGGACAAAUUCCGAUGGGGAGGUGACGAGGAAGCAACUCAAGCCAGACGGGAAGAGUUUCGGGCACAAGCAAGGAAAAAAACGAGUGUCAAUUUC